CUGCCGUAUCGCGACGUAACUCAGUACCGUUUUGGUUCUCGUUCAACAAAGACAGUCAACCGUUUGUUUGAUGUUGGAGCCUUGGAAAUGCUGUGCCAUGGUCGUACUAGCCGGGUCCAGAGGCAGGCAAGGGCACAGUCCUUGACCUGAACAGUGUCAGAGUGGUGUGAGCCUCGUGACUCGGUCCUACGCACUCUGCGUCGUCCCUCGGUGAUGCAGUCGGUGUUGGGCAGUGGCCCAGUGGGACGACGAGCAACAGGGAAGCGAGGCCUGGCCUGGCAGCCUGGGCUGCCCGGGCCCCCCCUGGGUGGCACACGACAACUGACCUCAUCCCGGCAGCCCGCCUUUGCCCACCCAGGAAUUCCAACCUGCAACAACUCUGAUGCCGCUCCAUGCCCGUUUCUCUCUCCUUCUCCCUCCCCCACCCCAGCCAUUCCCACACCCGCCUCCCGCCUCCCGCCUCCCACUCAACCCUUCCUUCCAGGUUGGUACAGUACCAUUCACGGCCCUCCCCUCACACUCAUCGUUUGUGCCCAGUCAGUCUGUUGUCGCACCGACUGCUGCCACUGCCACUGCCACUGCCACUGGCCCUGGCCUGGCCUGGAGGAGAUCCCCAAAGGUCCCUCACCGGCCGGGCUUUGACGGCUUCAUUCGGCAGCGCCCUUCUAUCACUUCUUCAUCCAUCAGUCGCUCCUUCAUUCUUUUCAUUUCCCUUGCCCACACCAUCAGCCCACCCCGGGGCCUUGUCAUCAAUCUCUUCAUCGCAUCAUCAUUCCAACACCCUCGCUUCAUCAUACCUCACCGUUAUAUACCUAGCCCGUGAAAGCUUCAUCCUGCCGUCCUUUCCCCUUGCCCUGCGAAGACCCCCCACCACACAACUCCAUCACACGUAUUGCCUUGGGUUUGUCGUCGUGCUCGCGCACAUACAACACACAAGCCUGGGCACUGGCACCGAUGCUCACUUUGCAUUCACUGCACCACAUGUUACGCAACACCCCGUCGGGAGGGCAGCCAUACAUCGCGAGUUGUCCUUGUUCCGGAACAGAACUCAUGUCAGUUGCGGCGUUGACAUUGAGUUGGGCAGCCCCCCUUUCUCUUUUCCCUGCUGUUUCUCCCGUUGAAGAAGUCCUUUGCUUUCACUUCACGUUGCGACGAUGCCGUGCUGGUGACGGAUGCGUUGACCCUGCAUCAAAGUUUCCCCUUAACAGCUACCCAUUACCCGUACCGGCAGCCUGCGCUAGUGGGAUACGCGACCCGUUCCAAACCACUUUCAGCCAAGCUCCCAACCAAGCACCUCACUACUCCCUACCAUGCCCAGCCGUACGCAGGCGCCGCGAACGGGGUCUCAUUUUUGCUUAGUACCCAGGUAAGUGAGAGAGGGAGGUGGUCCUGCGAUUUCUGCCCCCGAGGCCGCGCAGGGCUUGUCCUGUCUGCGCUGCGCUGCCCUCUGCAAGGCAAGCCCUUCGCCAGGCCAGCACGGCAGCACGGCAGCACGCACCAGGGCACCCGCUGGUCCCUCGCUACCUGUUGCUAGCAGGUCCAGUGGCACCCGCAGCCGGCCAGCCGCCUCUUAUUGGCCGCCCGGCCCAACAAUAGCACUGGGCCACUGGCACUGGCACCGACUGGCCUCCACCGACGAAAUGGGUGCGCACCUCUGUCUGUCUUGGGGCCUCUGCUCUCCUGCACUCCCUGCCCACCUGUCUGGCUGGUCUGGGGUCCGGCAGUCCAACGCCCACGCCCACGCCCACGCACCGCUGCUUGCUGCUGCACCCGCUCGGCUGCACGCGCAGUCGCUCCCUCACUCUCACCCUCUCUUACUCUCACACUCUCGGUCGGCCGCUCAGGCCUGUCUUUCUUCCUCUGCUGUCGCCCCCUCUCUUCACUCUCUUUCUUCCUCCUCCCAACCUGCCUUCCUUCCACGUCCUCGACAUUCACACCCUUCCCUCGCGAGAUCGCCCUCUCUUGUCCCUCGAGUCCGCAUGAAUCUGCCGCAUUCAUGGUCUGUUUCGUCUUCUCUCCCUUACCCGCCUCCUUUGAAUCUCCUUGUCCCUCGAGGCGCAUCCUCUCCUCGCCCUAGAGUCGACUCCUCGGUUCUGUCUUCGUGAUCCCACUGCCCACCCACCCAACCAAACACUUGGACCAACGCUCAAGACAACAAACCCACUCGAAAUCGAAGCGAAUCGAACCCGAUCCCAAGCCAGCCAAAUCCACCCCAAACGACGACACGCAACUCAUCCUCUCAGGCUCCCGUCCGUCUCGUUCGCUUCGCGACAACACCAACACCCCUUCGCACCCAGCGUCCUCGGUCCUCGGCCUUCUUCGAUCUGCCUCUUGUCAGCAACGCCCCGGCAGUCCUCCCAGUCGCGUUGGCCACCGAUCCCAUUUGAGUCGCGGACGCUGACGACUUCUCGACUACGGCUGUUCGAGUCCUCCCUUCGAAUGGUCAACCCCGUGAUCCUCGUCUGCCGUGCCCACAGUGUCUUAUUCCCCAGGCUCCUUUCUUGAGUCGCGCUCCGUCAUGCCCUCCAGAACGCGGAGAUAAACAGUCCAUCCAAACCACUCUGAUCCUCACGUUCCCCCCGCGAGGCUCACAGAUUAUGACAGAAAAUCUCCCGCCGUUGUUGACUGUCGCUUCGGACAAGCCUGAAAAGGCGAGGCCGCAAGAGGAUGAGGGCAUAAUCAAGUGCAUCUGCAAUUUUGCCCAUGAUGAUGGAGCCACAGUCUUCUGCGAGAAGUGCAACACAUGGCAACACAUUGACUGCUACUACCACCCCCUUGGCGAGGCCGAAAAGGUCAAACAGGAGGACUUUGAUCACAGUUGUGCCGACUGCAAUCCUCGCAUCCUCGACAAACACCAGGCCAUGGAGCGACAACGAAAACGUCUCGGCCUCCAGCCCGACGAAGACAAUCCCCACGACAAACGGCCAAAGAAAGCUCCCGCAAAAGCCCCGAAGAAGAAGAUCAAGCCCAUCGAUCUCCAGCUGAAUGGACACGCCGCCGGUGCGGACGCCUCCAAGCAUGGCAGCCCACCAGACCACCCGCCAGCGAAGAAACCCAAAACCUCGCACAAGUCUAGCCAGUCCGUCAGCUCUCACGCGCCCAAGCGAAGUCCUUCUCACAGCGUACAGAGGGCCACCCACAGCCAUCCUAUAAGCCCCGCCAACACGCCCCCCGACACAAAUAACAUGGCCAAUGACUUUGAACUGCCCCUCUUCACGGAGCAGUUCAUUCACCUUUACGACGACUCCGAUGUCCAGAUCGUAGACACGAACACUUACGCGACCUUGGACACACAGACGAAAAUCUCGGAGUGGCUGAAAGAAGGCCACGAUUCCUUCCGCAGAGACACGGCACGCGACUUCAAAGAUCUGGUCACACAACCAAAACAGCCUCCGCUCGAACACCCUAUGAAGGUGGAGAGCGAACCGCUGAAGGACGGUGUGCACCGGCAGUACGUCACGACACCCUCUGCUAUCGACAAGGAUGUUCCCAUGAUGGAGCUCAACGGAAUCGUCGGCCUACAAAAGGACUACCCAGCCCGCUUUGGCAGCCAGUGGAGUGACCUCAGUGCACCCCUACCAUUCGUGUUCUUCACCCCUUUGGUUCCGCUUUUCAUCGACACAAGGAAAGAAGGAUCAAUUGCUCGCUAUGUUCGUCUAUCUUGCAAACCCAACGCUACGAUCGAUACGUACUACUUGUCUGAUGGCGCGGUGUUCCAUUUCUGGCUCGUAAGUGAAAGGCCUAUAGCCGCCAAAGAAGAGAUCACGCUGCCAUGGGAGUUCAGGUUCCCCCCUGAAACCCAAACGCGGUUUGUCAAGCUGCUUGGGCUUGGCGACGAGGAGCCGGCCGCCAAUAUCGACCCAACCGACUACAACUUUCUUUCAGAUUGGAUUAACCGCAUGUUGUCCCUCUACGGUGGUUGUGCCUGCGACCUUGGCAACGACUGUGCCUUUAAGCGCUUCCACCGCAAUUAUCGCGACAAGUCUCAGUUACGCCCCAACCCACAAAAGAGAAAGCGCGCGAAAACCAAGACGCACACCAUCUCACCGACAAGCACUGGACAGGCCACCAACAGCCGCGCCGCCAGCGAGGGCCAUCUGGACGAGAUGACAGAGACCGACGUCAAUGUAGCUGCCGGCUCUCGCAGUAAGCCGCCUAGUCGAGAUCGAACCCCAGCGCGGCUCGGCUCGUUUGACCACAUUGGGAUACUCACUGAGCCAACCAACCGAGAUAAGAGAAAAGUCCAAAUGGCCGAGGAUCUUUUUCAGAAGUCGGCACAGGAGCAGCAUCAACCACCACGGAAGAAGAAAAAGGCAUCUACUGAUGCAAACGCGCAUCCCACCACCAACUCGGGCACAGUGAAGCCAAAAGCCCGGACUGGCAUCAGCGAGGUGCCUGACAAACCCAACGGAGAAGAGCCCCGCUACGUCGACGCGGGUACUUCGGGAAGCAAGCCAGUAUCGCCUACCAGCGCGACAUCGCACCAUUCGGCCAGGUCCGUCAAGCCGCCACCGUCAUCUACAUCGGGGUCGCGCAAGGGCUCGUCCGAGGCACCCAGAAGCUACAGCGACGCCGCGGUACAGACCGAACCGGAGCACGGCCACUGUGCACAGCCAAGGCCGAAGAGGAGGAUCAUGUCCCUCACGAUGCGGCUCAUGGCUCAGAGACGUAGGGACGUCUUUCCACAACGCCCAUCCAGCGCCAUGGACCUAGACUCGCCAACGACGACCAAGAGCUCUCUUGGAUCGCCUUCGACUGCGCCCAAACAGUGCCCCCUGUCUUCGCCUACUUCCGCCGCAGAUGUCGACGCUCCGAUGCCCGACGCCCCUCUUGCGCCCGGCCACGUCGUCACCUCCAGCCCCCCUCUGACCAAUGGUAACGUGCCUGUUAUCAAUUCUAAAGAAGCCAAGUCGCCAGAGUUACGCGUGUCAAUGCCCCCUCCUGCAUUUACGAGUCCCACGUCUGCAACAUCGGUGACUGCUGUCACCACUCCAAUAUCAACCAAUGGGUCCGUCGCGCAGUCGCCUUUGUCGAACGCCAACCUGCCCAGUCCUUUCGGACCCGUUACAAAUGGGAACACGGCCGCACCCAGCCCAAUUAAGAAGAAAAUGAGUCUGAGUGAAUACAAGAACAAAGCCAACAAGGCGGCUGCGUCAGCGAAGUCGAUAACGGAUACCACUCACCCACUAAAGACCGCUUCAUCGACCACGGACCCGCUGAAAGCUACGAGUAACGGUGAUAAUGGGGCAAUGGAUUUGGACCGGGCGACAGCUGACUCUGGGGCAGGGGAGGCGACUGGUAGCAUAUCAGCGGCCCAGGCGAACACUGUUUCUUGAGACUUGCUGCUUGAGUACAUCCGGUGGGCAGCGAGACAACGCCUCCAUACAAAGUUUUCUUUUCUUUUUGCGAUAGCCCAAGGCGUCUGGCUUGACCUGGCUUUUAUAAUGAUUCCACUCUGAGUAUCAACCUAUCACGAUGAUAUUAGGACCAAAACGGCUUUGGGGACGGGGGGUCGGGUACUUCUCUGGGUCAAGGUACACUGGCGUUAUUUUGGGUUGGGAUUAAAACCCAGGAGAAGCGUUUGCGGAUGUCUCUACGAUCUUUAGCACCCUUUGUACGUUUUAUUUUCUUGCUAUUUUUUUUUGGCCCGGACGACGACGACGAAUUGGACGAAUCGGGCGUGGCUGGAGGGAGCCAGUUGAAAGUUCUCGGGAGAAACUAUCAGAACUCCCGGGGGCGUUGUCAGAUCUGACUUGGACCAGCUCUGUUGUAACUCUAUACUUAUGGUGAGACAAUGAGAUCUCCCGAAAAGCAAUUUCUGCUUUCUAUACAUCCAGAAUCCCAGAA